AUGGGCGCAACUGCUAGCAAAAAGUACCGGCGCUAUCGGCGGCUAUUGACCCGGGCCUGGACAGCCACCGCACCGCAAACCAUACGGCCGGGCGAUAUCAUCAAGAUCAAACUGCAGGACACGGAUGGCGAUUGGGCCAACCAUUGGGCCCUAUGCGACCACAUCGAUCAGUUCGGUCACGUGUACUGUUACCACGUUGUGACCGACGAUCGGGACCUGGACAAGAAUGUGACCCGUCGAGCGCUGGUCCGGUACGAGACACUCGAGCGCAUUAUAUACAGUAAGGGCCACCACUCGAGCGCCGAGCCGGCCCGCUAUCGGGUGGCCAAUCAGCGCCGGUUGGCCCGUAAGGUGUUGUGGACUGUGGGCCGACAGGUGCCCGAGUGGCAGGACUUGGCCGCCGAUCUGGAACCACUGCCCGGCCAGUACGUGGACUAUCACUGGAAGACACGUAAUGAAGAGCAUUACUGUACGCACUGGCGGUACGCCAUCGGCUGGUCGACCGAUAUAUACACUGACCAUCAGAUUGUGGACAAAACCAUCGAUCAGAUGGCGAUACUUACGCGCCGGACAACCGCUAAGGAGGUCGCCGGUUGACUACUGCCCCCAUUCCCCUCUACUGCUGACCCC